GUUGAGUUUGUAAUUUCGUUAUAUGGACAUUGCGUUGCCUGAGCAUCGACCGGUCCAGUUGGGGAUAUAAAAGCAUAUAGUGGGAGGGCUGAGGGACCCCCACAUUGGGGGCUUAUUUCUCAUCAGGUGUUGUGUAACAAACAGAAGCCAAGAUGGUGUUGGCAGACCUAGGACGGAAGAUUACUUCAGCACUGCGCUCACUGAGCAAUGCAACAAUCAUCAAUGAAGAGGUGCUCAAUGCUAUGCUCAAGGAAGUAUGCAAGGCUUUACUGGAAGCUGAUGUGAACAUAAAGCUUGUAAAGCAGCUGAGGGAAAAUGUCAAGUCUGCUAUUGAUCUGGAGGAAAUGGCAUCUGGCUUGAAUAAGAGGAAAAUGAUCCAGCAUGCUGUCUUCAAAGAGCUCGUCAAGCUGGUGGAUCCAGGGGUUAAAGCAUGGACACCAACUAAAGGAAAACCUAAUGUCAUAAUGUUUGUGGGUUUGCAAGGAAGUGGAAAAACCACCACUUGUACAAAGUUGGCAUAUUAUUAUCAAAGGAAAGGAUGGAAAACCUGUUUGAUAUGUGCUGACACUUUCAGAGCUGGAGCUUUUGACCAGUUAAAACAGAAUGCCACAAAAGCCAGAAUACCUUUCUAUGGCAGUUAUACAGAAAUGGAUCCAGUGAACAUUGCAUAUGAAGGGGUGGAGAAAUUUAAAAAUGAAAACUUUGAGAUUGUCAUUGUGGACACAAGUGGGCGCCACAAACAAGAAGAUUCCUUGUUUGAAGAAAUGUUGCAAGUGUCUAAUGCAGUACAACCGGAUAAUAUAGUCUAUGUUAUGGAUGCUUCUAUCGGACAAGCUUGUGAAGCCCAGGCUAAAGCCUUCAAAGAUAAGGUGGAUGUAGCAUCAGUCAUUGUAACCAAGCUUGAUGGGCAUGCAAAGGGUGGAGGAGCGCUUAGUGCGGUUGCUGCUACAAAGAGUCCCAUCAUUUUUAUUGGAACUGGGGAGCAUAUUGAUGACUUCGAACCAUUUAAAACACAACCUUUCAUUAGCAAGCUUCUUGGUAUGGGUGACAUUGAAGGAUUGAUAGAUAAAGUGAACGAAUUAAAACUGGAUGACAAUGAGGCCCUCAUAGAGAAACUAAAGCAUGGCCAGUUCACUCUGAGAGACAUGUAUGAGCAGUUUCAAAACAUUAUGAAAAUGGGUCCAUUCAGCCAGAUAUUGGGGAUGAUUCCUGGCUUUGGACAAGAUUUUAUGAGCAAAGGCAAUGAGCAGGAAUCAAUGGCUCGACUAAAGAAGCUAAUGACCAUCAUGGACAGCAUGAACGAUCAGGAAUUGGAUAACACAGAUGGUGCCAAACUUUUUAGCAAGCAGCCCGGGAGGGUUCAGAGAGUGGCAAGAGGAUCUGGAGUCUCUACUAGAGAUGUACAAGAGCUGCUGGCACAAUAUACAAAAUUUGCUCAAAUGGUUAAAAAAAUGGGAGGAAUCAAAGGCCUCUUCAAAGGUGGUGAUAUGUCAAAAAAUGUAAACCCGUCACAGAUGGCCAAACUGAACCAGCAAAUGGCCAAAAUGAUGGACCCCAGAGUUUUGCAGCACAUGGGUGGCAUGGCAGGACUUCAGUCAAUGAUGAGACAGUUCCAACAAGGAGCUGCUGGCAACAUGAAGGGGAUGAUGGGAUUCAACAACAUGUAAAGAUGCCCUUUUUGCACAGUGGAUGUUUCUUAUUACUGUGGCUUCAAAGAACUGGAAUGCUUUCUGGGCAGACAAAUGUGGUCUCUAUAAAUUCUCUACUUCCAUUAAAAAUAAAAAGAAACCACCCUUCUACUGUUUAACUCCCCCCAAGUAUUCCUUAUUUUCAGGGAACUGGGGUGCAACACCCUAUUUUAAGUUAUUGGACAAUUAAUUUAGUUUUUAUCAAAACAAAGUCUGUUGUAUAAAAAAAAAAACUGUUAAUGUUUAGUUCAAAGACAAACUGUUUGUAUACGCUUCCAGCACUCACACCUCUUGCUGGAAUUCAAUUUGCUGUUAAAUAAAUUUCUAAAUGGUCAUAUUUCUUGUUCCGAAAUAUAUUUAAAUAAUCAGUCCUGUUAAAGGGGCAGUAUACACCAUACAUAAACCUUUGUUCAACAUGAGUACAAUAAAUAGUGUUGAAAAUA